AUGGCGGUACCCACACCUCCCAUCCCGCCUGUGUCGCCGGACUCGGGCCCUACCGACCCUACCCUCCCCAAGCUUCCUGCUGGAUGGAUAGCGCAGUGGGAUAACUCGUCACGAAAGUAUUAUUAUGUCCAAAUCAGCACCGGCGUCUCGCAGUGGGAACUGCCCACCAGCGAAGCCCCCGUAGGCGGCUCCUCCAACCACAGCACCCCGGCGCAAUCAACGAACCCAUACAACGUACCCGGCACAUCAGGUCCAGACGGCGCGGGCGAUGGAACAAGAGGCAUGGGCGACGGCCCGACUGGAGACAGGGCAGGCGGACUGGGUGGCUUUGCGAUGAACGCGCUUAUGGGAAACAAGCAGAGUGGUAGUGGAGGCCAUGGCAGCGGCGGCUCGGGAAACCUCGUUGGCCAACUCGCGGGGAGUUUCUUGGGCGGUGGGAAACAACAUGGCGGUUCUUCUGGCGGACACUCUGGUGGCGGCGGCGGUGCCGGCAACCUUGUUGGACAGCUUGCUAGUGGUCUGCUAGGUGGUGGGAAGCAGCACGGAAGUUCGUCUGGAGGUCAACAACAUGGUGGCAGUUCUUCCGGAGGCGGGCUCGGAGGCAUGCUUGGGAGCGUACUCGGUGGUGGAUCGCACAACAAGCCAAACAACGGCGCUGGCGACUACGGCUACUCUGGUGCCUCUUCAGGCGGAACCUACACCGGCACCGCACCACCAACUUCCUACAACCACAGCGCUCAAGGCGGCCAAUACGGCAGCGGUCCUCCGAGUCACGGACAACAAUAUGGUCAGGGUCAGGCCCACGGCGGCUACAGCGGCUCACAACAACACACUCCCCAGCCACAGCACGGUGGCCAGCAACAUGGCUAUGGCUCGCAAGCUGGUUUCGGCGGUCAAUCAGGAUAUGGUGGGCCAGCACCAGGUUAUGGGCAAGGACCACCACAUGGGGGUCCACCAGGUGGCUAUGGACAACAAGCUGGCUACGGAGGCCCUGCUUAUGGUGCACCAAGCGGUCCUUAUGGCGGCCCUGGCAACUAUGAUCAACAUCAGCACAACCAGUAUGGUGGUGCUCCUACGCAUGCUAACCAAUAUGGUGGUGGAGGCCAGCAAUAUCCUCCUCCUCCUGGUCAGCACCAGGCUGGCUACGGUGGCCCUCCAGGUGGUCACCAUACACCGCAGCCUGGUUGGCAGUAA